AUGAGUUUGGACAGUUUUGCUACUGCUGUAUCUGAUCCUGCAGAUUUAAAUGGUACUGGAUCGAUUGCCGGUGCCAAAGGUCGAUUCAAAGUUAUUCGUAUCGACGAGAUUGAUGAAGAAACGACGAAAACUCCUGAAAACGAACUGCAAAAUCAUCAAGAUACAAAAGCAAGUUCUGUACGAGAUCGAUCACAAAUACCGACAAUUGAACUAAUCAAAGCAGACGAUGACGAAAAUAACACGGAAACACAGCUAGCUAUUGAAAAAGAGGCAGGCUUUCUCAAGAAUCUCUAUGAUUAUCAAGGUGGUACAUUUAUGUCCAAUAUUGACAAUCUGUCUAGACCACCGAUGUUAUCCUCGGAUACUCAGUUAAAUACUCUGUUUGGUGUGUACCUUCCAUGUGUACAAAACAUUAUCGGAGUCAUCGCUUUUAUUCGGCUGUAUUGGGUGAUCGGCGUCAGUGGAAUUCUUCAAGGAAUGCUCAUCAUCGGACUUUGUUGUCUUUGUACUUUUCUUACGGCUAUCUCACUGGCUGCAAUUGCCACGAAUGGUAUUGUACCUUCAGGUGGUUCUUAUUUUCUAAUAUCAAGAUCGUUAGGUCCAGCUGUCGGUGGUGCAGUAGGAUUUUUGUUCUAUAUUGGCAAUGCUCUAGCUGGUGGUUUGUACGUUUUGGGAGCAAGUGAAAUACUUCUUAAAUAUACCUGUCCGAAUAAAUGCCAUUUAUUUGGCCCAUCGAUUGAAAAUCAGCAGAGCGCUUUUAAUCAUUAUCGCUUAUAUGGAACAAUUCUUCUUUGCUUUCUCGGCAUGAUCGUUUUUCUCGGUAUCAAAAUCGUUUCACGUAUUGCUCCAUUCACGUUGCUCAUUGUUUUUCUUUCGAUCUUAUCUAUUCUUGUUGGUAUUAUAAAGAGUGCGAUCUCACCGGUCUAUUUACCGAUCUGUAUUAUUGAAAAAGAUCAUAUUAGACAUCUUUUGAAAUCUUCCGUUUUAAAAGAUAAUGUCGCACGUUAUUGUCAUUCGAAUGUUACAUGUGACAAGGAUCUUUGUCCACUACAACAGGUUUUCUGUGUGGAUAAUAUUAGUAGUACUAUUGUUUGCAAUGAUUUGGGCAAUGUUCGUUUGAUUAAUGGAAUACCUGGUUUGAAAAAUUCACAAUUCAGUAAUAAUUUCAAAUCGAUGCAUAUCGAAGAAGGAAAGAUCCAAAAUGGACUUAAUGGAGACUCAAAAGUAGAAGUUGUCAGUAAAGCAACAACAUCGUUUUUUAUACUAGGCAAUGUAACAGGUAUCAUGGCUGGUUCCAACAGAAGUGGUGAUCUAAAAGAUCCUAGUCAAUCGAUUCCGCGAGGAACUAUCUUAGCUGUCAUAACCACAUCGAUAAUUUAUAUUCUCAUUGCUUUUCUUCUCGCUUGCUCAGUCCAGGGUGUGCUUUUACGCGACCGAGAUGGUCUGAGUGUUAACCAACAACUUGUCGAAGCAGUUAUUGCGUGGCCGUCGCCGUAUGUGAUCAUUGUUGGAGCAUUGUCUGCAUGUUUUGGUGCGGGUUUACAAUGUUUAAUCGGUGCUCCACGUUUAUUACAAUCUGUCGCUAAAGAUGAUAUUAUGCCAGUAUUGACACCGUUUCAAUCAACAUUUCGAAACGAACCAUUUAGAGCUUUGCUAGUCACAUUGUUCCUGUCGGAAAUCAGUGUGCUUGUCGCUAACUUUGAUAUCGUAACAACGAUUGUAUCCGAAUUCUUUCUUAUGUGCUACUUAUCGGUGAAUUUCGUUUGUUUUCUACAAACGCUUCUCCAAGAACCAUCAUGGCGGCCACGUUUUCGUUUCUAUCAUUGGUUUCUAUCACUACUUGGCGUUAUUGUUUGUAUUGCAAUCAUGUUUAUAUCAUCAUGGCUGAUUGCCUUGAUCACAUUAGCUGUGGGUGCAAUAGUUUAUCUCUAUAUCUGGUAUUCGGGAGCAAAUAAAGAGUGGGGAGAAGGUUUGAAAGGUUUACCGAUGUCCAUAGCACAUGUCGCUCUAUCACACUUGAGCGAUCAGGCAAGCCACACGAAGAAUUUUCGGCCGCAGAUCUUAGUUUUUCUGAAAUGUCUUUACAAUGAAAGUCAACAUCGAUGGACGAUCGAACACGAGAAUGUUCUUAAUCUUUUAAGUCAAUUAAAGGCUGGCAAAGGUUUAGUUAUUCUUGCGACGGUGAUCGAAGGUAGAUAUGACAAGAAACGUGAUAUUGCUGAACAAUUACGAGAAUAUUUGAAAGAACAAAUGGUUAUUCAUAAGAUUGUCAAUGGUUUUGUUGAUGUUCUUGUGACAAAUAAUGUCUACGAUGGAAUUAAUUCCAUCAUGCAAACAAGUGGCGUUGGUGGAUUUCGUCCAAAUACGGUCAUGUUUGAUUGGCCAAGUUCAUGGCAAAAAUAUCAAGUAGAAGAGCGUAUAGAUGAUGCAAUCAUCUCGUAUCUUGAUUCGAUUCGACUUGCGGAAAAUAAAAAAUUUGCCAUUUUACUUCUUAAAAAUAUCGAUUCCUAUCCGAGUUUAUUAGAGAUUCAAUCGGGCUAUAUUGAUAUCUGGUGGAUAAUCUAUGAUGGUGGUCUAUUGUUUUUAUUAGCAUUUCUACUGCAGCAACAUCCUGUUUGGAAUAAAUGUGUUCUACGAUUAUUUACAAUUUGUUUGCCGAAUCAAGAACCACAAUUGAGACAACGUGAAUUAGAAGAGUAUGUUUAUAAUUUACGUAUACAAGCAGAAGUACAUACAAUCACGGUUGCUGACCAAGAAAUCUCUGCAUUUACAAAAUAUCGAACAAUGACAGUUGAGAAUUCGAAACAUAUGAAUCCAUUUGACAUUAAGAAACAGCACAUUCAAAUCGAGCUUGAAAGUCAUUUGCAAGAAAUCGUUCAGAAUUAUCCACCGAACGGAGAUCGUAUUCAUUACACAUUCACGCCGUCUGCUGGACGAACAUUCAAAGAGAAACGCUUGGCUCACACACUCGUCGAAGAUUCUCAAAUACGCAGGAAAAUGCAUUCAGCUGCUCGAUUGAAUCAGAUAAUUCUCGAACGAUCAUCUGAUGCCCAACUGGUUCUAAUCAAUCUGCCAAAAGUUCCACGAACGAACACGAAUGCUGAUUAUGCAUAUAUCGAAUUUGUUGAUCAAUUAUGUUCAGGAAUCUAUCGAUGUAUUCUCGUGAAGGGCGGUGGCAGAGAAGUGAUAACCAUAUUCUCGUAA